AUGGCUGCACUGGUAUCCCGCUUCACUCUCAUCGUCAUGUCUUCAAUAUCCGGUCUUCCGUGUGCUUCUAUGACAGCUCUCCCUGUGGUCGAUGUUGGCUAUGAGGGGGGGACGCCUUCAGACAGUAUCUUCGCAUGCGUUACCCUGAUUUUACAGUCCUUCGGACCCACCCUGACGUGUGCGCAUGAAUCCCAAGCUUGGCAGUGGAAGAUGAUCGCCAUCCUGAGAAUCCGCAGAGCUUUGGACCGCAUUGGCGAGGGUCAGAAGAAUACGGCGGAUAAGCUAGGGAUCAACCUAUGCAGAGUGAGAAGGUUGCUGAGAAGAGACAAUCAAGGCGCCGAGGAAUGGCUUCGGAUGAUAAUGCGGCGCGUUGGUCGGGAUCGCACAGGGUCCAGAAUAUGGAGAAAGGAUCUGAAAGACAGUAGGCGAUGCCGCCUGGCCCAUGGGAAGACGAAUCCGUCGAAUUGCUGUGGUCCAGGCGGAGAUAAGGAUGGCAUCUUGCUCCAAGCGUCCCCACCAAUAUCGAGAACUCCUCAAUCACUGUCCAUAAGCGACGGUGGUAUUAUUUGGUCCACCGUAGCCAACGAUGAGAAUUCCGGGGGAAAGAUGGAGUUCAGACACUCGAGGUCGCGAGAAUUGGGCUAA